CAGAGGCGCUGUGUAAAUGUCCCACACUUUAUUCUGGAGUAGCCUGUGCGACCCAUUCUGUGUAGUAACCCCAGUGACAACCAUUUGUGUUUUGAGAGGUAGCUUCAUCCCAAAAACUUUGCUCGAGGAGUCGUUGAUUUUUUGAAUUUAAAAAUGGAACUCUUCGAAGGAGCCAGCGGCGUCGAAGACGUUUUAGAUUUGUCGCAUUUGAACUCUAACAGUUUGAAUUUUAACAGCAUUGGCGACAAACGGAGGAAAGACACCAGGCACCUUCACCUUUCUCAUAACAGACUUAUGGUGCUUCCCGAUUCGAUCCAUUGGUUCACAAACCUUGAGUUUCUGGACAUCAGCAACAAUGGAUUGUCGGUCAUUUGUGAAGACAUAACCCGACUGACCAAACUUAAGACACUGCUUGCUAAGAACAAUCGCUUGGAUGAGUUUGCAAUGCCCAAGGAAUUUGGCACAUUACAGCUGCAAGUGCUGAACUUCAGUGGGAACAGAUUUGAGGAAAUACCCGCACAGUUUUUAGAGCUACAGCGGUUACAGUCUCUGUCUCUCGGAGGAAACAGACUAAAAAGUAUCCCCGCAGAAAUAGAAAAGUUAACCAGUUUGGAGAUGCUGUAUUUGGGGGGGAACCUGAUCUCCACUAUCCCAGUGGAACUGGCCAGCCUGCCUUUCCUCACCUACCUGGUGCUGUGUGACAAUCGCAUCCAGAGCAUCCCGCCACAGUUCACUAGACUCCACUCCCUGCGCUCUCUCAGUCUCCACAAUAAUCUUCUGACCUAUCUUCCCCGUGAGAUCCUCAGCCUGGUGCAGCUACAGGAGCUCAGUCUCCGUGGCAACCCCCUGGUUGUGCGCUUUGUCAAGGACAUGACCUACGACCCCCCUUCCCUUCUGGAGCUGGCUGGUCGGACCAUAAAGUCACGCAAUCUGCAGUACUCAGAAGAAGACCUGCCCAGUCACCUUAUCAGAUACUUAGAUCUUGCCAGCAAGUGCCCCAAUCCCAAGUGUGCAGGCGUGUACUUCGACUCGUGCGUGCGCCACAUCAAGUUUGUGGAUUUUUGUGGGAAGUACCGUCUGCCACUCAUGCACUACCUGUGCUCCCCAGAAUGUUCCUCUCCCUGCAGCUCCAACCCACAGAGUGAUGCCGAUUCAGACGAUGACCAGUCUGUGCCAGCAGACCGCCUGCAAAGAGUGCUGCUGGGAUAGUGCUCACGCACUGUGCUCAAUCUCUCUCUUUCUCUCUUUCCUUCUGUCUCUCUAUCUGGUGCUGCUUUGAAAACACACUGAACUUUGUGGCUGAUUUGUUUAGAGUCUGUCAGUUGAGGGGACAUUUUGUUUUUUAGGCCCAUAUUUCAAAAUGUGUUGAGUGUGAAGUCUCAGGUACGCACACGUAAUAUUGUCAAAUGCUUAAACAAAAGGGACUUGUGUUCCCUUUUCUAACCAAGUAAAUCAAAGCCACUUGGCGUUGUGCUUUGCUUGGCAUUUAAUAGUUUAACCAAGGUGCCUUGAUGAUCAAACCCUUUGGAGGGCAUAGCUCUUUUGGGCUUUUUAAGUGCUAUGAAAGAGACGGUAAGUAUCUGUGUUUGGUGAUAGUGGGGAAGUGUGGAGAUCUGUUCAUCCUGUCUACCACUUGCUAAACAACGCACACUUUUCUAUAGAUUUACUGUGAAUUAAAAAGAAAAAAGUUAGAAAAAGUGUGUGCAAGUGUGUUUGUCUACAUGUAGUUGUGUGUGUGUGUGUGUGUGUGUGUGUGUGUGUGUGUGUGUGUGUGUGUGCGAGAGAUUGAAGGAUAAAUUAAACAGAUCUAAAAUAGUUUUACCUAGUAACUUCAUAUCCUUUGGCUUCACAUGUACUUUUCAGGUUUUCAUGUGUUUUUUGGAUUUUGUGAGUUUGGAUAAUAGUAUGCUGUCUUUAAAGGUGUCUGUUACAUUGCUUUUUGAGCAUGGUUCUCUAUAGGAUGAAAGUUUUUUUAAAAAAUGUAAAAAAAAAAAAAAUCAUAUUUAGUUUAAAAGGUCACCAGGGGCGAGAUUCCCAAAGCGAUCUAAAACGUAGGUUGAUACAGGUUUGGAAAUUAAACAUCCGAGGACUUUACGUUUAAAAUCUAAACUUGUCCAUCUUGUAGUAUAAUUGUUUUGCCUUUUAAAGAAUGUGAUACUACACUGCUUUUCGAGUGGAAACAUUUCAUAUUUCUUUAACUGUAUUCUUGAGUAACAAGUAAAUAAAUACAUUUUAAUAUUAAGGGAGGCUUAAUAUUGUACUAUAAAAGAAAAAUAAAUCUACUUGUCAAUUGCUUAGUUUUACUACAAAAAAAAAACAAUUCAGAAAAAAACAAAAAAUCCAAUCAAAAAGGCCAAACUUUCUUAAUCACAAAGUUUGAAUGUUGCACCUGGAAAAUAUAUUCAUUAAAUAAUGACAUCCUUAAUUUUCAUCUUAAUUGUUUUACUUAAUAAUUGAUAAUUUACUUCCUUGUGUUUUGCUUUUGUACCAAGUCCACUUGUAACACUUCUUCAAGGUCUCCCUGGCACAGAAGAAAAUAUUUUAUUUAAUAUGAAGGCAGUAGUGUUCAGUAGGCUCUCUAGAUCUCUGAUGGUGUUUGAGAAAUGCACUUUUCCCUCUAAUACUGAAUCUGAUAAUAAAGGAAUUUUAUUAAAAAUAAAAUAAACUUAUAAAAACA